AUGGAUAACCUCAACCUCGUCAACGAGAGCGGGCUUCUCGGUUUUGACGAAACAUGCACCCCCGAGCUUCCUAGCUGGAACGAGAAAACGGCCAUAGUGCUUCCUCUUGCCUCUGAAACGUCGUCUUUGGUCGCCUUGACACCACCAUAUUUCUUUCCUCGGAGUGAAAGUCUCUCGAUAUCAACAGCACAAGAAGAUCGUACGCUUAGUGACGUGCAUCUUGUGGUGGUGGACCAGCAUGGCAGGGAAUGUGAAGUGGUUCAGACUCGAAGCGAGCGGCGACGCGCACAAAACAGAAAAGCUCAGCGAGCAUAUCGAGCACGCAAAGAAGCUCAGCUGAAGGCUGCAUCAUCGACCUUGGCUGCGAAUAACUCACAGCUGCGGACUCUAGCCCACCACAACCGCGAGCUCCUCGACACGAUCAAGCGACUCAAGGCCAUAAUUCUCCAGCUAGAGACGGAGAAUCAGCUCCUCAAAGAGGUACAAAGCCCAAAUGUCAACGAAAUGGAUGAUCAGAGCGGGUGGAUGCUGGACGGCCCGAGUUUCAUGUCACCCACUCCCUCAGAGCUGUAUUGGCGUGCGGAAGAUACAUCUGAUACCUCAUGA